AUGACCAAGCAAAAGUUUGGAAUAACAACCAAAAGGGAAGAGGAUUUUUCCGAAUGGUACGUGCAGGUUAUAACAAAGGGAGAGCUGCUGGACUACUAUGAGAUAAAGGGAUGCUAUGUAAUGCGGCCCCAGGGGCAGUUUGUCUGGAAAUGCAUCCAGAAGUGGUUUACUGAAAAGAUAGAGGAGAUGGGUGUCCAAGAAUGCUACUUUCCUAUGCUGAUUCCAAAAUCGAUGCUUGAAAAAGAAAAGAGUCACAUAGAGAACUUCUCUCCCGAGGUUGCAUGGAUCACAAAGUGUGGAAGCGAAGUGUUGGAAGACCCUGUUGCCAUCAGGCCUACCUCAGAAACAAUAAUAUAUCCAUCUUUUUCAAAGUGGAUAAGAAGCCACAGAGACCUCCCUCUGAAGAUAAACCAAUGGUGCAGUGUUUUGAGGUGGGAGCUGCACGGAACGCUUCCAUUCAUAAGAGGAAAAGAAUUUCUAUGGCAAGAGGGACAUACUGCUUUUUUGACAAAGGAGGAGUCGGACAAGGAGGUUUUUGCAAUUCUAGAUCUUUACUCUAGAAUAUAUUCAGAGCUUCUUGCUGUGCCCGUAAUAAAAGGAAGAAAAACGGAAAGUGAGAAGUUUGGCGGUGCAGAUUACACCACAUCAAUCGAAGCCUUUAUUCCGGGUACCGGUAGAGGGGUUCAGGCCGCAACAUCCCAUUCCCUUGGGCAGAAUUUCUCUCGAAUGUUUGACGUAAAGGUCGACACAGAGGAAGGAAGCGAAAACAGUAGCUUCGUCUACCAAAAUUCCUGGGGAAUAACAACAAGAUCCAUUGGGAUUGCAGUCAUGAUACAUUCUGACAAUCUGGGCUUGGUACUUCCACCAAGAGUGGCUAUGACUCAAGUUGUUAUUGUCCCGUGUGGAAUAACAUCCUCUUCUUCAAAAGACGAUACAGAAAGACUAAAAGUGUAUAUCGACAAAAUACAGGAGCAGCUCAGAAGUUCUGGAAUUCGUGUACACGUUGAUGAUAGAAGCAAUGUGACUGCGGGGUUCAAGUUCAAUCACUGGGAAAUAAGGGGUGUUCCACUGAGACUAGAGGUGGGAUUCAAGGACAUGGCAAAUUCUGAGGCUUGCUUAGUAAGAAGGGAUACUCGAGCCAAGAGACAGAUAUCUGUGGAGGGCAUAGGCCAAACUAUUGAGGAAGAGAUUAACACAAUGCAUGCUGACAUGCUUUCCAAGGCUACUGUGGAAAGAGACAGCAGGAUUUCCUAUGUUAAGGACUUUGAGGAGUUUAUCUCUGCUCUUGAUAACAAAAAUAUAAUAAUGGCACCGUGGUGUGGAGUUGAUGAGUGUGAGGCUGCAAUCAAGUCUAGAAGUACAAAGUUUGGACCAAACGGUGAGGUUGUUUCAACAGGAGCAAAGACUUUGUGUAUCCCUUACAAUUCGAAGCCUUGCAAUGACCUGGAAUGUAUAAAUUGUGGCAGACAAGCUAUACAUUACACUUUGUUUGGAAGAUGUUAUUGA